AUUGAAAGAUAAAUCGGAAUGUCUUGCAUCGUACUUGCAUUACUAGUACUGCUCUAUUGGGGGUAGUUAUGGUAGUAGCGAUGCCAAUUUGUCCAGCGGUACGGAGUAACAACCAAUCCAUGGGAUAGAACCCCCAGACCAUACACUGCACUGAAUACAGAAUAAUAUAUCUUAGCAAAUUUAUGUAACUGUCAGCUCAUGAUGACGACAACGAUGAUAUUGGUGACAAAUUAACCAAGGAUGCGCACUCCGGUUCUGAAGAACAAAUGAAUCGUCGAGAACAACUUCGACUUUCGUUCGGCAGCGGCCGCACUCGGGAAAGGCCGCGGGCAGAAAUGUUUCCUGCGACAACAACCAUUGUUACACAGGAUGCGAUGUCUCAUCAAUGGCUACCUACACAGCCCGCGGGUUCGGGCACUCUUCGUCUCUCACCUGCCGUUGAAUUUGGUGCUACCGCAGAAGAUCUGAAGGAUCUCGGAGAGAUUGGCGCCGGAAAUUUCGGUUGCGUCAAUCGAAUGAAGCACAAAAGCGGCCUUGAAAUGGCUGUUAAACGAAUCCGGAUGACGAUAGAUGAACAGGGCCAAAAAAAGCUCAACACCGAGCUAGAUAUUGUCAUGAAAAAUGAUAACGAUUUUACCUAUAUAGUGCAGUUUUAUGGGACGCUGUUUCGAGAAGGCGACUGCUGGAUCUGUAUGGAGUUGAUGGAUACCUCAUUGCACGAGCUUUACCGGCGUGUGUUCAGUCGGGGACAGCGUAUGCCAGAGGAAGUGCUUGCCCAAGUAGCGUACAGUACAGUCAAAGCCCUAGCUUACCUUAAAGGCACGCUUCAAAUGAUCCACCGAGAUAUUAAGCCUAGCAAUAUUUUGCUCAAUCGAAAGGGAGAAAUUAAAAUGUGCGAUUUUGGUAUUUCGGGCCGUCUAAUUGACUCGAUUGCGAAGACGCGCGACGCUGGCUGCCAGGCCUACAUGGCCCCAGAACGAAUAGACCCCACGAAAGCUGCCCACGGGUAUGACGUGCGAUCAGACGUUUGGAGUUUGGGCAUCACGUUGAUCGAGGUCUCGCUUGGCCGUUUCCCCUACCCGGAGUUCAAGACUGUCUUUGAACAGCUCAAUUGCGUGGUAUCGGGCGAUCCGCCACGUCUGCGCGACAGUGACGGCUUCAGCCCGCAUUAUACGAACUUUGUUAAUCAGUGUCUGAUACGAGACUUCGAGCACCGGCCAAAAUACGAUGCGUUAUUGCUCACACCACUGUUGGCCAAUUUGCGCAGGGAUACGGAAGUAGUGGCGCGAUUUCUCAACACCGUUCUACCCCCGCCCCCACCACUUCCGCCCAAACCUCCACAACUUCAACAAUAACAGCAGCAGCAGCAGCAGCAAAUGCUCACCAACGAAGCUAGGGAGUUAGGGCUGUUCUAGUGCCGUUCAGGCGCGUGGACUGCCCCCAAAAAAUCGGGGCAUUCUGCCGUACUCAGGUGCACAAGCCAAGAUGAGUAUAAAAAGGGGGCGGGUAUUGUCGAUAAUAACGAAAACGAAAUGACGACGAUGAUGAUAAAGAACAUUAAGAUGACCAUGUAAUUAUAUUAUUAAUAAUAUAAUUUCUAUUAAUUAAUUUGAAUGAAAUUAAAUUAAGAUAAAACGACAAACUAAAUAUGGCGUGUGUUUAUUUCAAAUAUACAGAAGCGCAUACGAUGUCCGUAAAAAGAACGUCGUAUUUAUGAUGGCUAUAUAUGAGAGGCUUUCGUGCGAUUUAAAUUAGAUGUACAUUUUCUGUGCCCCUUGGACAGACUUGACAAUGUAUCAGAAUA